AUGCUAAGAGGAAAGAAGGCGAAAGCGUGGUUGAAGGACAAACAGGUGGCAAACAAGUUUGCUAUGCCUGCUCUCUACCAGCCCCUCAGCCUCAUUCCUCUAGAUGUGUGGCAGGCUGCCCCAACCACAACGAACGGGAAUGAACAAGCUCAUCAGAAUAUCAAUCGUGACAGUGUUGACCUAACCGUGGUGGCAGCAAUCAUUCACGGCAUGCAUUACGACUGCAAUGCGAUGGCGGGUUUGUCACUCUAUGAACAGCAGGCAGUUGGAAGUCGGGAUGGGCCAUCAACAGAGUUCGAGCACACAAAGAGAGCCGUGCUCAGGCAAGUGAAGGCACAACAAAAGCGUCAAGCAGACAAAGUCCAGACAAAGGGGAAAAAUACACGAACCACUCGUACGCAGCCAGGAAACACCCUGCCAAACAUCCCAUCCUCAAGCAUCCAGCCGGUGCCCCUUUCCUUGUCAAACCCCAGGCCCUCCAUGCCCUCCUCUUAUACCUCCACCUUCCCUCAAGUCUCAACACAAAGGCAGUUGCUGGAGGAGACUAUUGACAGUGUGUUGAGCAGCCCUGAAGAUAGCUUGAGCGUAACCCUUGAUGGCAAUGUUGGUGAGUGGGGUGGCAUUGACGAGUGGGGCAGCAUCAGCGAAGGGGACGGCAUCAGUGAAAUUGACGCCGCUGGCGAAUGGAAUGACUUGCUUGAGUAUCCGGGCAGUUUGCUUGAGAGCGAGGAAAGGUCACUGGAGGAUGCCACAAGGGUUAUCAGCACUGAUGAGCAUGACACAGAAAGCCGCAAAGAGACAGGGGCUUACAUGGAGUCACCCUAUGAAAGUAUUCACAAGGUGGUCCCUGAGGACCUCAUUUCAGCAUAUAGUAGUCUUCACGGAGCAUUAGGGGAGAAACAGCAUUCUGAGAGUACCAGAGGCUCAGAGUGUGCCCCUUUGGAGAGAUGCUACCAUGGGCAACAGCACCUACUAUCUGCUCAGCUGAAAGUGCAGUUCAGUGAAGCAUCCCAAAGUGCUCUCAUCAUCGGAGCCACAGGCGCGACAGGCAAGCACCUCCUUGCCAACCUUCUCGCCUCGCCCCAUUUUUCCCGCGUGGGCGAGUACGGACGUCGCGUCACCCCGACGGACCAGAUCCCUGUUGGCCAGGAUAAGCUCGAGCAGAAAGUCAUUGAUUUUGAGAAGUUGGGGGAGUCGGGACUGAAGCAGGGAAAGUGGGACGUUAUCUUUAUCACAUUGGGCACGACAAAGGCAGCCGCUGGAAGUGCCCAGGCAUUCGAGAAGAUUGACAGAGAAUAUGUCAUCAACGCGGCCAAGGAGGCGCGCAACGUAGAAAACACCUCCCAACGCAUUGUAUACCUCUCAUCAACAGGUUCCAACCCGAACUCGCCCUUCCUCUACCCCCGAAGCAAAGGCCUCACUGAGCAAGGUCUCGCCGAGCUAGGAUAUGCCGACACCAUCGUCUUCCGCCCUGGAUUCCUCGCCGGAGCGCAGAGGCCAGAGCAUAGGUUAGCAGAGAGUAUCUUUGGUGGAGUAAUGGGCCUUCUCUCGAAGGUGACUUCCUCCGUUGAAAUCAAUGUCGCCACCCUCGGACGCGCGAUAUCCCUUGCCGGAAAGCUCGGCUCAGAGGGAUUACCCGCCAACGUCAACGCGACAAAAGAGACCAAAGGAACUGCAACCUUCACGGUCAUCAAUAACGCUGGCGCGAUCAAGUUGGCGGAAGUGAAGGAAUAG